CUUGCUUGGCGUUCCACCUGCCCUGUUUUCACUCUCUUUCAUCGUGCCUGCCCAUUAUUUCCCUGAACUGCUUUAACUUCCUACAUUCCGGGGUAGCUAAAAGCAUACGGAAUAGGUUAGAACGAUUUUGCUUUCUGCAGCAUAAAUCCUGAAGAAUUUGAUUACUAAAUCGAUAAACAAACAUCUUGAAGGAAGGAUUGCUAGCCAUUCUGUUGCACGUAUAAUCAGCGAUGGACAAGCUGAACUCAAAACUGUACUUGGAAAACUGUUACAUCAUGAAGGAGAACGAAAGGCUGAGGAAGAAAGCAGAGCUGCUGAACAAAGAGAAUCAAGCACUGCUGAAUGAGCUGAAACGCAAGCUAGCUCAUGGGAACAAGAACCCAAGACCCAAUCAUUCCUCUGACUCCAUUCCUGAUCUUAAUCUCUGCUCCGGCUCCAGCUCCAGCGCGGGCGCCUCCAAGUCCAACAACAACUGAAGCAAAAUAUUGCCUGGGACAUCUUUGGGCCCACCUAGCUAGGACUCCUCCCUCUUUUAGUAUUACUAGUACGUAUUUUUUGCAAAACCAUAGGAGUCAAAGUGGUAGUUACCUCGCUGCAGUAUCAAUUGUAGUCUUUGCAUAGGACAAUAUUUUGGCAUCCGUCCCUCCAUCCAUCCAUCCAUACGGCAUCCAUCCAUCAGGAGCAACAGUUUCUAUAUAUGAAUACUAGUAUGGUGGUAGCGGUAUAUCCUUGCAGUAUCUUUUGUUGUAUCCUGUUUUUGUUCUUUGGGGCCUUAGAUGUAUCAUGCAAAACUCAACUGUGGCAGUUUUAACUUUAGCUAGGACUUCAACAAUAUAUGUGACAUGUCUUUUCCCUAGUGGUAUAUGUUUGUUGC